GAGGCCACGAUGGCAACGAUGAUCCCACCGCUGCCGACCCCUGCAACUUGGCAGGCGAAGCGAUCUGCAAGAGUUGACGUGCCCUUCCCGGAACUACCAUCUGAUGCUGACACGGAGUUGCCGUCAUGGCGUACUGGACUCCACAGCGACUGGAGGCUUCGGUUGGGGCCAACGGAGUUUCAGAUUCACAAGGUGCUGACGGGCCAUGGGCCACGGGCCUCAGCCUUUCUCUGCAGCGCCUUCACGACUGGGCAACAGCUGGCUGGACAGGCAUUUAGUCCCAGCGAAGACUGCGAUUCGAAAGUCCUGAAUCGAGUCAACGAGACCGAUUUGUCACACAUCCUGCCAGAACAGGUUUGGCCCUUUUUCAGCCAAGCCUUGGAUUUCAUCUACUCAGAGGACCUUGUCCUCAACGAAGAAAAUGCAGUGCCUCUGUUGCGUUGUGCAGAUGCCUUGCAGAUCAGAUCGCUCUUCCUUCGUUGUGUGGAGAGCAUCAACGAUAUCCUCACAGUUCCUACAGCCCCCAGGAUUCUGUCUGACAGCGUUUCGCUGCUUGGUGGGCCUUUGGCAGACCAGAUCAUCAAGGCAGCAUCCGAUGUGAUCGCUGAGCAUUUUGAUCAGUACGAGGUGGAGGACCUCAGGCGCUUACCGCCCAGCACACUUGCACAGAUUCUACGCAGAGACGACAUUUCCAUUAUGCAUGAAAACGAGAUCUUCGACUUCGUCGUGGAAAUGGCCAGUAGUCUAAUCUCCAGCGGCCGAGGUGACGAGGCUCAGCAACUUUGGCAGGGGAUCCGUUUUGGAGCUCUUUCCAACAACUACGUCGUCAGGGCUGCCCAAGUGGACAUGAUUCCAAGGAUGACCUUGAUUUGGUCAAAGGUCCUGAAUCGGAAUGGCAACCACGCAUUGCAGGCCUUGAUGCAAGAGCAAUGCCUUUCGGAAGGGCGGCCGAUUCCUGCACCACCAAAUCCUCGCAAACCCUUCAAGGGGCAAAUUUGUUCAGGUGCGGUCAUGUACUCGGUUGACACCGAUGCACGAAAUGACCAAGACGUGGAGCGCAAUAUCACAGCCGCUACCCUUGUGGCAGAGGAGAUCGAGUUCCUCGGGGGCAAAGCAAUCCUCGAGAACAUCUUUGCCAGGCCACCAUCUGUGCGUGAUAGCACGGAAAGCGGAAUCAUCAUGGAGCAGGUGGACGUUGCCUUUGUCUUGGCGCCGUGGACUCCAUCCGAGAAGCGCAUUGCACGUCUCAUCAAUUUCGUGGACCAAGGUGGAGGUGCAGUGCUAUUGUCCUUCAUCGGUGGCUUAAGCAAAGGUGUUUGGCGUGACUUGGAGUACGAGCCCUUGAUCACUGGCAAGGUUGGAGAUGAUACACCCUACGAGGACGUUUACUUGUCAAGCCCAACAUUUGCUUCGUUGGACGUUGGCACAGUGGGCACCAAGCGAAGUCAGGAUACUUUGAGCUGCCCUCGAAUCCUUUGCGGAGUAGAUUCCAUAAAUGGGUGCCGUGGCACACAAGUAAGAUUCGCAAAUUGUGCAAAGUGA